AUGGCAUCAUCCCUCAAGGCACUGCUUGUUGAGGAUAUUAAGGUUGACAGCAUGGUUCUCUCCUUCAUGCUACGCAGAUUUAACUGUGAGGUCACCCUGGCUAAGAAUGGGAAAGAAGCUGUUGAUAUGUUCCUUGAGGGUAACAAAUUCGACAUUGUUUUGUGUGAUAAGGACAUGCCCAUAAUGACCGGUCCUGAGGCAGUCAUGAAGAUCCGUGCUAUGGGAGCCACUGAUGUGAAGAUCGUCGGGGUGUCCGCUGAUGAUAACGCCAUGGAGGCGUUCAUGAGUGCUGGUGCUGAUGACUUUGUGCCCAAACCAAUGAGGCUUGAGGUUCUCGGGCCUAUGAUUGAGGAGGUCAUCAACAGGAAAAAUAAUUAG